AUGAACCUGAUUAAUGGCAAUCGGCCGUGGACCGCCUGUGCGUAUACCGUGGCAACACUGCUUUCGAGCAAGUCGAUAAUUCGUUCCCGACCUGCCACGAUUGCUGCGCGACUCGAGGAGGAAGGUGGAAUCCCCACCGAUCAAGCUCUCAAUCUUGACCCUCAACACCGAAACAGGACGUGGCAAGCAGCCACGGACUACAUGGACGAUCCUUUCUUCAAGAAGAUCGUGACCACCGUUGAUGAUUUCGAUCGAUACACCCUUAGCGCUGAUGGCGCUCUGUGGCAGAAUGACGAAAUUUACGGCGACCGACUGUGCAUCGCAGCCGGCACCGUGGACGGACGAAAAGUCCGAGAACUCGUGUUGGAACGCGUACACGAGAUGACAGUACACACUGGUAGCCGAAAGAUGCUUCCAGAGAUCCAAUUCCUUCUCCUCGUACUACUCGCAUGA